UGAAAAUUGAUUUCUUGAUUCAAUCUCGUUGUAUGGUUACUGUGGAAAGAAGUGAAAAUGCUGAAGACGCAUGAAAUAGGGCUAAAAAAGUUUUCUUUUUUACUCCCAAAGUCUCACGAUCCCCCUUCACAUAAUCCAAACAAUCACAAAAAAGAGUCUAGUGGUGAACACCUUUUGUUUCUCCUGUUUCUGCUUCCUGUGCUAAUCGUCAUCGUUAUAUUCGCAGCAAAAAUGAGGCGACGAAGAAAAAGAGAAAGACGGAAAUUUCUACAAUCCUUGCGAGAGCCAUAUGUAUUCGUCAUAGCAGAAUCAUCAAAAACAAUAACUCAGGCAAAUGUUACUAAUAGAACUAUAAAUAACAUUGGGGAAAGAAAAACCGACAGCAUAGUAUCCCAGUCAAAUGAGAAUGAAAACGUGGCAGUAGCUCAUAAUUCUCUUUAUGAUAACUUCCUCUUCUUACCACCACCAGUUUAUAGAAACCAGAGGAAUCCAGUCCGUUUAAUUCCAUUUACUCAGUUGCCGCCUGACUUUGAUUUCUCGUCUAAAGAAAUUGAAGUGAGGAGCGAUUUCAUUAUCCUGAAGGAAAUGAAACCCCCUUCAAAAGAAUCUGUAAAACCUCCAUCAUAUAAAGAAGCUGUGAAAAAUUUGAGAAGGAAAAUACGAAAAUAGUUUUUAGCAGAAUAGUUUGGAAUAAAUGUGUGCAAAAAGGCUCAGGGAGAUAGAAAAUGUAUGACUGAGUUACGUGGAAGGGUGUUACGAUUUGAAUAAUUAGCUAAUAAAAUGUCACUAGAAUAUAACUAUUUGUAUUGAAACUACUUCUUUCCAAAGUUUUCUCAUUUAUAAUUUACGAAACUUGUUCGGACAAAUAAAAAGUGUUUUAAAUAAUCCCCUUCAUAGAGUAAAGAUGUUAUCAAGAUAUUGAUCACAUCAAGUUUAGAUUGCCAUCAUUGUGAUAUAGUAAUAGAAAUUAAAUAUUUAAAGAAAAAA